UAUAAGGUUAUCAUCGGUUUUAUAUAACAGUAAGAUUAUUUAGUUCAACUCAUACUCUCUCUAACUCACUAAACAAUGGCCGAGGAUGACAUUGCCGCCCUCGUCAUCGACAACGGAUCUGGUAUGUGCAAAGCCGGCUUCGCUGGAGAUGACGCUCCCAGAGCUGUGUUCCCUUCAAUUGUCGGGAGACCUAGACAUCAAGGAGUGAUGGUGGGAAUGGGUCAGAAAGACAGUUAUGUGGGAGAUGAGGCCCAGUCGAAACGUGGUAUCCUGACACUGAAGUACCCGAUUGAGCAUGGUAUAGUGACUAACUGGGAUGAUAUGGAGAAGAUAUGGCACCACACAUUCUACAAUGAAUUGCGUGUAGCUCCAGAAGAACACCCAGUAUUGUUGACCGAAGCCCCAUUGAACCCGAAAGCGAAUCGUGAGAAGAUGACGCAGAUCAUGUUUGAGACUUUCAAUGCUCCAGCUAUGUAUGUUGCUAUUCAGGCAGUGUUGUCACUGUAUGCAUCUGGUCGUACAACUGGUAUAGUGUUGGACUCAGGUGAUGGUGUGACCCAUACAGUUCCAAUCUAUGAGGGUUAUGCAUUACCUCAUGCUAUUUUACGUCUGGACCUUGCCGGCCGAGAUCUUACUGACUACAUGAUGAAGAUCCUGACUGAGAGAGGUUACAGUUUUACUACCACUGCAGAACGUGAAAUUGUCCGAGAUAUCAAGGAGAAGCUUUGUUAUGUUGCUUUGGAUUUCGAACAGGAGAUGGGUACUGCAGCUUCUAGUUCUGCUUUGGAGAAGAGUUAUGAACUUCCUGAUGGUCAAGUUAUCACUAUUGGUAAUGAGCGAUUCAGAUGUCCAGAAGCUCUUUUCCAACCUAGCUUCUUGGGAAUGGAAGCAUCAGGAAUACAUGAGACAACUUACAAUUCCAUCAUGAAAUGUGAUGUGGAUAUCCGUAAAGAUCUGUAUUCGAACACUGUUCUGUCAGGUGGAAGUACUAUGUAUCCUGGUAUUGCGGAUCGUAUGCAGAAAGAGAUUGGUGCUCUUGCUCCUAGCACUAUGAAGAUCAAGAUAGUUGCACCACCUGAACGGAAGUACUCUGUAUGGAUUGGUGGUUCUAUUUUGGCUUCGUUGUCGACAUUCCAACAGAUGUGGAUUUCCAAACAAGAGUAUGACGAAUCUGGUCCCAGUAUUGUUCACCGUAAAUGCUUUUAAUGGCUCCAUUAGUUUGUACAAAUGAUAUAAGUAAAAUCACUAAAUGAAAACGUUUCAUAAUUCAUGGCUUAUUUGGUUUUUUAAUUAGUUUUGGAUGUGUGUUGCUGGGUCCAGGCGUUAUUUACCGUGGAAUAUUACUCGAUUACUCUUUCGUGUCCAUCUCUGUCGACUUAGUCAGCUGUACCUCGAUAUAUGACCGAGCCAUGUGGUGCCUGUUGUCGGUAGGCGGUUUGACAUUACGGACGGACGGACGGUGAACACUCAGUUGUGCAGACUGCCGGUUUAUUUUUAUUAGUUCCCGCAUCCCCGUUGCUGUUGGCGUCACAGUUCUCUAUUCCAUUUAUUGUAGUUCCGGACCGGGUUUUCUAACUAUUUUUCGCUAAAUUAAUGUUGUCGACCUUCGACACAUCGGCGGGUUAACUAGGC